AUGUACCAAAAAUUAUGGCUCGUAAUCGUUUUCAGACAUUGCUUAGAUUUUUUUCAUAUUUCUAAUAAUGAUUAUAAUCCAGGAGAUAGGUUAGGAAAAAUUCAACCUUUAGUUGAUUUAUUAAAUAAUUCAUUUAAACAAUGCAAAGUCCCAGCAGAAAAUGUAGUCAUUGAUGAAACAUUAGUACCAUUUAGAGGUCGCAUUGUAUUCAGGCAAUAUAUUCCAAAUAAAGCAGCAAGAUAUGGAAUUAAAUUAUAUAAAUUAUGUGAUAAUAUAGGUUAUACAUAUAACUUAAGUGUGUACAGUGGUAAAGAUACUAACAGAUCUAACAGUAACAUUUCUUGUGCUGGUAAAGUUGUUCUGUCAUUAAUGGAAAAUUAUUUAAAUGAAGGAAGAACUUUAAUAGUAGAUAACUUUUACACAGGUCUUCACAUUGCUCACAUUUUAUUAGACAAUAAUACUCAUAUAGUAGGUAUCCUUAGGAAAAAUAUUAAGCAUUGUCCUAAGGAUGGAUCAAAAGAUGGUGUCAAUAAAAACAUAUAUGGUUUUUUGGUGUAUUUUUCUAUUUUACCAACUGAAGGAUGA